AUGGCAAGUAGACCUCUCCUGCUGCUCUCCCACCCUCUAACACUCCUUGCCAGCUUUACCAGCGCGUCCUCCAGCACCGGACCCGAGAUUAAUUCCCUUGCGGCCAAUGACCCCUUCACUCCGGCCUCACCGCCAACGUCCUCAAAUUACGCUGGUUCAUUCGCGUAUACUUCGUACCCUAGCACGAUGCAGGGCAUUGAUACCACGUUGUGCUCGACCCAAGACCCGAACGAUGCUAGCUAUGCUUCGCUGAUUAUGUCGCCAAUUAGCGUCGCCGGCACCAACAUGGCGCAGACGGACAUCGCCCAGUCACAGCCAUUUAAGCCGAUGUAA